UUAGUGGUGGCUAAACAUCGAUAGUACUAUCGAUAACUAUCGAUAGUUGCAACUAUCGAAAACAUUCGAUAGUUCAAAAAUACAUCGAUAGUUUGGAUAUUGCUAAAAGUUGACCAAAAGCAAAGAUUAGAUUUAAUUUAUAAUUAUUAAUUAUUGGGUCACAAGCUAAAAUUUCAGCUACAACACUUACAUCACGACAGUGGUUUUUGUUUUUAAUGGAAUUCUAAAUUUCGCGCAUAUUUUCACAAAGAACGAUGCCUACUUUGACUUUGUUUCUUCGAUUGAUGUUAGACUGGUUAGACUCCUCAACAAAAUAAUUGCUAUCGAGAGAGACAUGGAUAUAUUGAUUCUAUGUUACAAAAAAGGAGAGCAUAGACGAGAGUGACUGUAUUUUAUACAAACCAGAACAGCAACAGAACAAGAAACUAUAAACUAUGCAUAAUUAAGGAACGGAACCUUAGGCAAAACGGAACGGACUCAGUGCUGCCAAUGACUCGGCAAUUGCCGUGUUUUCACGGCUUUUUAGAUUAAAAUUGUAUGGCCACGGCUUUAUUACUGCAAUACUGCCGUGUUUUUAAAUCAUAAAUAAAUAAUUUAUGCAAAGGGAAUGAAUGAAUUUCACAUUGGACACGGCCAUAUUUUGUAAAAAGUGUAAAAACACGGCAAUUUUCGUUCAUGCGCACGGCUAUUAAUUUCAUUCGGUUGGCAGCACUGAAUGGACUAAACUAACCUUACUUUUUGUUUUUGUCUUAUAAAGAUGUUAUAAAGUGUUGUCUCUGCUUACAAUUAUCAUUUUAAUAAAAAGUAUGGUGAGAACAAAAAAUAAAUCAAUAAUAUGGAAACUAUUUACCAAAAGAGAAAAUUCUCUCUUUGUUAGAUGCAAUGUAUGUCAUUUUGAUUACAAAAGUAGUGGGAACACAACGAAUUUAUUUGAUCAUAUAAAAAGGAAACAUCCUAAUGAGUUACAGAAAAUGAACAUAGUUCACACUAAAGAAAAUCCCUCUAGUUCUGAUAGUGAAAAUGAUAUAGAAGAUAAUGAGAAAAAGGAAGAAAUACCCAACAAGAUUAAAAAACGAAGCACAAUCAAAAACUAUUUUAAUAGGGAUAUAAAAUAUUCAGACACUAAUAAACAAAAGAAAAAUAUAGAUAACGCUAUUGUAAACAUGAUAGCAUCCGACUUACAGCCUUAUAGUAUACUUGAUAGUCAAUAUGAAGUUCCUUCAAGAGGAAAAUUAAAAGAUACGCUUGUACCAAAUGUUUACAACAAAUUAAAAGAACAGUUAAAAGUUAUACUAGCUGAAGUUAAAUUUAUUUCGAUUACUUCAGACAUUUGGACAUCUCCAUCAAAUGAAGGUAUUUUAACUUUAACUUGCCACUUUAUUGAAGACAACACAUUACGAUCAGCAGUACUUAAGACUACUCAACUAAUGGGUAGUCACACAGGUGCUCAAAUUAGUGAUGCAAUUACUAAUAUUCUUACUGAAUGGAAUGUAAAAGAUAAGGUUGUGACUAUACUUUCCGAUAGUGGAUCAAAUAUGUUAAAUGCUGCUGCAUUAUUACAAAUUAGACAUAUUCCAUGUUUUGCACAUGUGCUUAAUUUGCUGGUACAUGAUAUUUUAAAAGAUGAAGACGAGUGUUUAAAAUCGGUGUUAAAACACUGCAAAGAAAUUGUAGCUCAUUUUAAACAUAGUACCCUUUCUUCUGAUAAACUUAAAGAAAAACAAAAGGCAGCCAAUUUGAAAACAUUAAAACUUAUACAAGACACUCCAAUAAGGUGGAAUAGUACCUUCUUUAUGAUUCGACGAAUAUUAGAAAUUCGACAACCAUUAACACUUGCGAUAAGUGAAUGUGACAAAGCUCCUCUUCCCUUAAAUGCUUCAGAAAUGCUAUUGCUGGAAGAUUUGUGUAACAUUCUUAAACCAUUUGACGAAGCCACAAAAGAGAUAUCUGCAGACCAGUAUGUUACCAUAUCAUUAAUAAUACCCAUAAUUAAAGGCUUAACUUUGAGCUUACAAAGUUUAAACAAUGAUUUAACAUCAGAAGAAGCAAAAAAAAUUUUAAGCAUCUGCUUACAAAGAGUUCAGGUUAGAUUUUAUCCAUUUGAAACAAGAUCAGCUGUUUUAUUGGGAACAAUUCUAGAUCCAAGAAUGAAAAAAUUGGCAUUUCGACAAAGGGAGCAUGCAAAUAAUGCUUCUCAACUAUUAAUAAAUGAGGUAACUAGUGAAAUAAAUAGAAGUAAGAAAAAUACAUUGGAUGAACACUCUGAAGGGCAAAUUAAACCAUCAACAUCACAAGGCUUAUUAGGCUUUUUGGAUGAACUAGUUUCAAAACAAAAGGAAAUUGGUACUCCCACAUCCAGUGCAAUUAUUGAAGUAAGAGAGUACUUGGAGAAACCUCCAAUCUCAAGGAGUGAGAACCCAAUUGAAUAUUGGAAAAACUAUCAGUGCAAUUAUUUAAAACAAAUAGCAUUUAAAUAUUUAGCAGUGCCAGCAACUUCUGUGCCCUCCGAAAGGGUGUUUUCUAAAGCAGGGCUGGUAAUGACAGACCGAAGGAAUAGAAUAAAACCAAAGAAUUUGGAUUGCCUCAUUUUUAUGAAGUCAAAUAUGUGGCUCUAUUCUAAACAAUGAUUCUGAAACUUCAUUUUUCUAAUGAAUUUGUGCUACAAAUUCGUUUUUGUUUCAUUUUUUUUUAUUUAUGUACAGGUAUAUAGGUAGAUACUUGUAAUUAUUGUGAUAAUUAAAGUUUAUUUUUCGUUUUAUUUAUAAUUAAAUUUCUUUUGCAUUUGCAUCCUAACCUUAUAUGAUGCCUAUCCUAUGAUGGCUAAACGGCUAAACUAAACAUCGAUAGUACUAUCGAUAGCAAUCGAUAGUUUUAUUUUUGCUAUCGAAAACUAUCGAUACUAUGACUAUCGAUGUUUAGCCAUCACUA